AUGGCUGCUACCAACCUGACACCUUCAAACCCUGCCAUGUUCCUGCUGCUGGGCAUCCCCAGGCUGGAAGAAGCUCACGUUUGGAUCUCGGUGCCCAUGUGAACGAUGUACUUGGUGAUAAUCGUCAGGAACUGCGCUAUUCUCCUAGCCAUCGCCACAGAGCCAGCCCUGCACCGACCCAUGUGCUAUUUCCUCUGCAUGCUGGUAGCCAUCGACCUGGGAGCUUCCACCUGCACCCUGCUGAAAUUGCUCUGCAUCUUCUGGUUUCAGGCCAGGAAGAUCAAUGCCGGGGCCUGCUUGGCCCAGAUGUUCUUCAUUCACUCCCUCUCCAUGAUGGAGUCGUCUGUGCUGUUGGCCAUGGCCCUGGAUCACUACGUGGCCAUCUGUGCUCCCUUGGGCUACACCUCUGUCUUCACCGGCCGCCUCGUUGCCAAACUGGGCGUGGCGGCCAUAGCCAGGGGGGCGCUGCUCAUGAGCCCCUGCCCCUUUCUGAUUAAAAGGAUGUCCUUCUGCUGGACCAACGUCAUCCCACACACUUACUGCGAGCACAUGGCUAAGGUGAAGCUGGCCUGUGGAGACACCAGCAUUAAUCAUGCCUACGGCCUCAGUGUGGCAUUGCGAGUCAUAGGUGGGGACCUGCUGUUUAUCGGUCUGUCCUAUUUCCUGAUUGUCCGUGCUGUUCUGCACCUCUCGUGCUGGGAGGCCUGGCUCAAGGCCUUUGGUACCUGCAGCUCCCACAUCUGUGUCAUCCUGAUCUCCUACACCCCGGCCCUCUUCUCCUUCUUCACACACCGCUUUGGCCACCAUGUGGCUCCCCCUAUCCACAUCAUCCUGGCCAACCUCUACCUCCUGUUCCCAGCCAUGUUGAACCCCAUCGUGUACGGGGUGAGGACCAGGGAUAUCCGGGAGCGAGUGCUCAGGGUGAUCCUGCAGAGCACAGGUACCCCCAAACCUAGGCCCGACAGGGGCUCCAUCCUCCAAAGGCCACCCAGCCAGUUCCCCCAGGCAGAGAUUCCUGUGCACGCGGUGCUCCCUCCCAGGGGCCUCGUCUCAGGGUCUGAAAAGCAAUAACUUCCUAUGGCUCCCUGAUAGAUUGCACCAGCCAGGAGGGGCCCAUAUUCCGGCUGCGAGGCACGGCAGCCCUGAGUUCUCCCAGCGCCACAGAGAGUGAACCUGUCUGGGACUCCAGGGGAGAAGCCAUUGCCUCUGAUUCCCACCUUGACCCGGAGACAGUCCCAGGGCCAUAGGCACAGCAUGGGAGACUGUAUCCUGGAAAGCAGUGACUGAAAAGGACUUACGUCAGCAUGGGCAAGCAAUUCGACAUGAGUUCCCAGUGGGAUGCUGUGGAACAAAGGGCUAAUGUGGCAUUUAGGUAUAUAAAUUGCAGAAGCGAGAAGGAGCAGGGAGGUGAUUUGCACAUCUGUAGGGGGCUUCGGUGAUGGAUACUGCAUCCAGUUCUGCAUCCAGUCCAUAUUUUACAGAGCUGGUGAUAAAUUUGAGAGGGGAAGAAAAGAGCCACAAAAAUUAUUUGAGGGCCUAUAUAGCAAGAGACUUAAAAAGCUCAACCUUUUAGCUUAUCGAACAGGAGACUGAGAGGGGACUU